UGCCAAAUAAUUAAUAUAGGCUACUGUGGACUAACUGGAUCGCGGCUCCCUUUUACUCUCAACCACACACACUAGUCGGCGCAUAGCGCAGAAUUGAUCCUUGCCUUGUCGUAUUGCAUUGGGCGUCAUAACUGCAUUUGCGGAAGAAUAUUUUAACAGCGAAGCAGUGAGCUUUCCAUUAUGCUCGGCGUUGGAUUCAAAGCAGAGAGACUUCGAGUCAAUCUUCGGCUGGUCAUCAACCGCCUUAAACUCCUUGAAAAGAAGAAAACUGAGCUCGCUCAGAAAGCACGGAAAGAAAUUGCGGAUUACCUGUCAGCAGGUAAGGAUGAGCGAGCUCGAAUCCGUGUGGAGCACAUAAUCAGGGAGGACUACCUGGUGGAGGCCAUGGAGAUUCUGGAACUCUACUGUGACCUGCUGCUUGCUCGCUUUGGCCUCAUCCAAUCAAUGAAAGAGCUCGACCCUGGUCUACAGGAAGCAGUGUCCACUCUAAUCUGGGCUGCCCCUCGCCUGCAGUCUGAAGUCUCUGAGCUGAAAAUUGUGUCUGACCAGCUGUGUGCCAAAUAUAGUAAGGAGUAUGGCAAGCUAUGUAGGACAAACCAGAUUGGAACUGUCAAUGACAGGCUGAUGCACAAGCUGAGCGUAGAGGCCCCUCCCAAGAUCCUGGUGGAGCGCUACCUCAUUGAGAUUGCCAAGAACUACAAUGUGCCGUACGAGCCAGACGCCAUGGUCAGGCCUGAGGUGUGCCCAGGUGAGGAGGCUGACCUCAUAGACGUGGACAGUGACAGCAGGAAGCCAGGCGGUGGAAGUGGGGGUGGUGGAGGGUUCACGGCACCAUCUGCAGCUAUGCCAAUGCCCAUGCCCACACCCUCUGCCUUCAGCUAUCCACCUGCCAAAGGAUCAGAGCCCUUCAAUGGCCCUGUGGGCAACUUUGAUGGCUUUAACAACCCCCAGCCUCAAGUGAGAGGAGGGCAGCCACCCCAGCUGCCCAGCUACCCCCCUGAAUAUGUGUCUUUUGACGAGCCCUCUGUUCACUCCCAGGAAUCUGGACCUGGUCCCUCCUCCCAGAUAUAUGACAACACUGCCCUCCCUGAGCUUCCCUCAGUUCCCGACACACUUCCCGCUUCCUCCUUUGGUGGAAAUACUGCACCCUCUGAUGACAUUGAUUUUGAUGACUUGUCUCGGCGCUUUGAGGAACUGAAGAAGAAGACUUAAUCCUCCAGCCAAUCUCUCAACUCAGUUUAGGCUGCAAACUCUUGCAGUAAAUAUUCCCUCACUUAUUCUAACAGAUAUCUAUGUUACCUUACCUCAUUUGAACACAAAAAGGCAUCUUUCUGAUUGCAGGGGAGGUUUUUAAUGAAUUAAGAUGAGCUUUUCUUCAGAACAAUUUUAUUCACAGAACUUUAGGAACAUGUGAGGUACAAUGAGAAGGAAAAACCUACUGUGGGUCUCAAUGUACCUAUUUAGAAAAUUAAGCUGCUUCUACACUAUCAUCAAACAGGAACCUUUUCUAUGAGCACUUUGGAUGCAUAAUGGCCUUUUUAAUAGAAUUUGCUCCAAUGUAUAAUGCUAAUGCUAUAUGUAGCGUAGUUGUAAAGCUAAGUCAGCAUGCCUAGUGACUUCAAAAGGCGGUCGAUAACUGUGAUGCAGACAAACACACUUGUGAAAAGUGAAAAGCUGGCCAGAUCUGUCUGUGUGUGAAAAAGGACACGCACUGUGGGGACCUUGUGAAAAACAUGACACCCCAAAUGGAGGCUACUUCCACCCUGUGGGUGUUUUAGAGCAGAGAGCGUGAAUCCCAAUUGACUCAAUAUUUCAAUUUAAGCUUCUGGUGUUUUCCCACCAUUUAAACAUUUCAUCAGUUUUCAGUGUCAUUUUUAGGGCCUGAUGGCAGUACAAACUGGGUGCCAUACAUGUAUAUACACACAUAUGCACAUGUGUUUUAAGGGAGUUCUAUUAGUCAGUGUCAGAUCUCCCUGGCCUCAUCUCAGCAAGUGAGUCACUGGACACCCAGACUGGAAAAGCGUGUUUUUCUGCUCAACUCCAGUGGUAAUGUGAUAUGUAUAAUCAGAUAUGGGAUUCUUUGGCUCAGAUGUGCUCAGGUGACACUAUUGCAUAGCUUGCAUUCUUUUACACUGAACUGGUCACAUUGUAAAGCUGCUAACAUACAUUACCUUACAGGGGAGAUAGGUACAGUACAGUCAGACAGGGUGUUGAAUGCCAAAACAUUGCAGAGUGUUUGAUUAAUGAUACAGUUGCUAUAUUAAUUUGAAAUUUAUUUGCCCCUUUUUGGUGUCUUUUGGUUAAUGAUCACGCUUAUAUUAUUACACAAUUUGAGUUUUUAAAAGUUGUAAAAAUUUAAAAAUAAUCAGCCAAUCUGAUGCUCAUUGAAUAUAAGUGUAUUACACAUGGACUACACAUCAGACAACAGCACUAGCACAUUGUGCAAUCUGAGCAUACUGUCAGAAACCAGAACAUUUUAUUUGAUAAUAGACUAACCGCCCUAGUUAGAAUGAUAUGGUAUCUGAUUAAUACAAGAUUAAUCCUUAACAGAACCCAUCGGUGGCCUUGGCAGUUCAGAUUUGGACCUGUGACUAUUUUGUCAGCUUUUUCUCAUUUUCCAUAAUAUUAUUUUCCUGGAAGUUGAGCAACUUCUAUUUUUAAAAAUAUUGUACAACUCAAUUCAGAUUAAUAUUACUUAUUGCUUGAUUUUUUUGCUCUUUUGGGUUUUCAAACAGUUUGGUGACUUAAAAUUUUCAUUUUAUUUGUGCUAUUGUGAGCAUAAUGAUUUGUGGUUGCUCUGUUACUCUGUGCUGCAAAUUGAGUGACCAGAUUAUAGUCCUGUGCUUUAGAUCUGUUUAGUGAGUCUGAGUUUUAAACAACACUCCUGAGAAGCUGUUACUAAUGUAAUCUUCAUAUGGUCCACCUUUUGAAGUGUUACGUUUAAAUGUUUGAUACUAAAUAUAAGCUCUGUAGUAAAAACACAUUAUUGUCACAGAAAACUGACAUUGUCUAAUAAGAUGUUCUUCUCCUGGGUGUAAUAAAGGAAAUAUUUAUAAGUA